AUGUUACAUCUACCGACAAUAGAAACGUCUUCGUCGGGGCGUCGGCGAAAGAAGGCGAAUAGUGAAGUUGACAGUGGAGCAGAAGAGCCGACAGCCACCAGUAGCCACGACGAUAAAAGUGAUUACCGCCUUGAUUUGAAGAAACGUCUGACCACAUUUCUAACCAGUAACUCUCAAAUGGCAUCAUCUGAUUCAGGAGUUUCUGGAGUCGAAUCAACAGUUGAACAUGAUUUGAGUGAAUUGAAAGCAUCGGAUUCUCCGAUGUCUCAUGAUGGUGCAGACUCUCCCAGACAAGAGUUGGAUCGAACGGAUAUUGUAGUUUGUGGAGAAUGUCAUACGAGUUUUUCAUUGAGCUGCUUUUCAAACUUCAUCGAGCACAAAGUGUCAAACUGCGGCGGAAAACUGACCCCAUCGGAUGACUGCGAAGUGACACCACGCAGUUUCGACCGAUCAAGACGGCGAACCUUCAACCCGGCGGCGCUGAAUCGAUGUGGUCGAUCAACAUCUGCGAAUCCUCUUCUCCUGAAUUACAACAUGGACGUCACCACAGACACAAAUGACUUAGGAAACUCCACAAAGUCACUGACAUGUUGUGCUUGCAAAGAGAGAUUCGGAGAUGUAUGGACACUUCUGAAGCACAGUUACAAUGUCCACGGAUUGAGAGUUUGUCAGGAGACACUUCCAGAAUCAGAUGUAUCAGUAACGUCAACGUCAUCCCCAACAUCAAAUGAUUCAAUGUUAAUGUCCUCGAGAUACAAUCACAAUGAUUCGUCGAAGAUCCUUCAUCCGACAUCCAUGAAGUCUGAUUCCACAAUGCUUAACAGCUACUGUUCGGACCGAUUAAAAGAAUUGGCCACAAGAGCAGGAGAACAAGAUCAGAAGCCAUUGAUGGCUCUUCGGAGGUUGAUGCCAAGCGAAGAGACUGAAGAAGAGCAAGUGUCUGCAUUCACAUCAACAUCUCUUCUGAACGCAAGAGCUUCUCAACCUCAGCUUCCAACUCCAGCCAAUUCACAAGGAUUCCAGACUUCGGGAUCAGUGCCAAAUGUCUGGAUGCAGCCAACAAUGCUCGCUGCCAUGCAAGACUAUUAUGCCUCGAUUCAGCAAAUGCCAUAUCCGAUGACAAAUAGUACUGCAGUUGCUCUUCUGAAUCUCUCAAACAAUCUUCAACAACAACAACAAGCUCAACAACAACAGCAGCAACAGCAACAACAACAACAAGCUCUGUCAGCUUCUGUUCCACAAGUCGCCACACCUCAGCCACAAUUAGCACCAACACCAUUGUUUCAGAGUCUCAAUAGACUCAGCACUUCUGAUGAGCCAUCUGCAUUCACAUCAAGACCCGCAUCAGCAGCAAUCAGACGUCGUGCGUCUCCAGAAGAAGAGAUGACUCCUCCACGAAAAAGUAUGAAGAUUGAAGAAGAGGAUCAACUGAUUAUUGUGGACGACUCGGAGCUUGCUGAGCCGGCUGCUCGGAGACAGAACAAUAUCAAGAAAGAGAGAUGUAACUUUUGUAACAAGGUAUUCACAAAUCGUUCCAACCUGAUUGUCCACCUUCGAUCCCACACUGGAGAAAAACCGUACAAAUGUCAAUUGUGUCCAUAUGCAUGUGCUCAAAGCAGCAAACUCACUCGACAUAUGAGAACUCAUGGACAACAAGGAAAAGAAACGUAUCACUGUUACAUCUGCAGCAUGCCUUUCUCAGUUCAUUCAACUCUCGAAAAGCACAUGAGAAAGUGUGUGGUGAAUACCCAAGGAGGGCGUCGUGAAGGAGCAUCCCCACCAGAGCGAUCCAUCCGUCCAUCUCCAUCAGCUCUUGCAGAUGCCACUUCACUUCUAGCCUUAUCGACCCAAUCUCUCCCAGCUCCUCCACAACCACCAACCAGUGCCGUCAGUCAAAGCAACCAGAUCGUAUUGAAUUGGUUGCAAGCGCUGAAUGUCAGUAAUACGACACCAACAGCAACUUCGAAAGAAGAUAUGAUUGAUGCUGAUGAGGAUAUGGAAGAGUCAGAGGCCAGCGAUAUGCAGCCACAGCAGCAACAACUUUUGACUGAAUCUAACCAAGUGGCUACAGCUGCUAACUAA